AUGCCAUACGCAGGACCAGCUGAAGACAAUAACAAUAUUACAAUUUCUUCUUCAUACAAUGCUUCCAAUAUCGAAACCACUUCAAGACAUAAAUUUUCAUCGUCUUUUCAACCAGAAUUCUUAACAGCUUCUUCAAGACGUAAAUCUGCUCCCGAUUAA